AAACCACUCAAUUCAACCAUUCGGGCAGGUCCCCUACCUUCAAUACUUCUUUCAAACUGUACAUUAUUUCUUCUUGCAAAUAACCCGAAAAAGAAUAUACACUUCCAACUGACAACAAUGCCACCACCGACCCUCACCACCACUCCCCUCCUCAACCUCACCCCCGCUCCCCUCACCCCAGAGGCCUUCUCCGACUUCGGCACAGCCAUAUCAUCUCCUCUAGCUCGCAACAUCACCACUCCUCCACCAGAGAGUACCCUGAAAACGCUCUCGCCCGUCCCCGUCCUCGCCAAUCAAUCCUCCGCCCUGAAGUACAGCCCGAUCGGUCCAAUGACUGAUAAUUACUCCACCGCUCCGAGCGGCCAGCCCUCUUCCGCCCGCAUGACUAUGUUCUCGUGCUUUCCGCGCAAACUCCGCACUGUCGCCCAUAAAAAUGCGAAUGUGUUUGACGUGCGCAUUCUGGAAAGACACCCCUACACUACGCAGACUUUCACCCCAAUUGAUCUGUCGAGUCAGGUGAAGACGUCAGGCGCGGGAGGCGAGGUGGUGGAGGAGCCGUUCUACUUGGUUAUUGUGGCGCCAACAUUGAAGGGUACUACGGCUACUGCGAGGACGGACGAUGGGAAGACUGUAAACGUGGUUGAUCCGCCGGAUUUGAGUCGCUUGAGGGCCUUUGUGGCUAGGGGUGGCCAGGCAGUUACGUAUGGGGCGGGAACGUGGCAUGCGCCUAUGGUGGUUAUUGGAAAGAGGAGGGUGGAUUUUGUGGUGGUGCAGUUUAUGAAUGGGGUUGGGGAUGAGGAUUGUCAGGAGGUGAGGUUUGGGGAGGGCAUCGCUGUAGAAGUAUCGGGUGAGGGAACUAAGAAGGCUUUGGCGAAGCUUUGAGAGCGGUUAUGGUAAGGGUUGAAGCUUUAGG